UUUCCGGUCUCAUUCGAGGAACGCCGUCGUGACAGAGAACGUCUUUCUGUCUUGGUGCUCAACAAUCAUGUCUUACACGGCUGGCUCGUACACGGCCAAAUCCUACGCGGACAAAUCCUACGCGGACAAGUCCUACGCGGACAAGUCUUAUGCGUACACAGGCUACACAGAUGAGAAAUCCGCGAAGGAGGCCUACGAUGAGCAGCUCAAGGUGGAGAAAAGAAAGAGACGGGAUUCGAUGUGCUGCGAAGUUGUCGCGCUCAUCAUCGGUUUUGUCGGAUUGAUAGGAGUCGCGGCCGUCACCGGUCUCCCCAUGUGGAAAGUGACCGCAUUUAUCCAGGAGAACAUAAUUGUGAUGGAGACCCGCUGGGAGGGUUUAUGGAUGAACUGCUACAGGCAAGCCAACAUCCGGAUGCAAUGCAAAGUGUAUGAUUCUCUGCUGUAUCUUCCCCCGGAUCUCCAGGCUGCCAGAGGUCUUAUGUGCUCCUCUGUUGCUUUGACCGCCAUCGCUUGCAUUGUGUCCACUGUCGGCAUGCGUUGCACCCGUCUGGUCGAUUCCCGGCCCAAAGUCAAGCACAUUGUUUUGGUGAGCGGAGGCUGUUUGUUUUUGGCUGGAUGCUUGACCACUAUUAUUCCAGUAUCGUGGACUGCUCAUGUGAUCAUUCAAGACUUCUACAACCCUUUGCUUAUCGAUGCACAGCGUAGAGAGCUUGGUGAGGCAUUGUAUGUUGGAUGGGUCACUUCAGCUCUGCUGUUCAUCGCUGGUGUGAUUCUACUUUGUCGACAUGCACCAAGAACCCAAGCUAAAGAAGAUAUGGCUUCAGUUCUGUAUCGUGCCGGAUCGGCUCCGUAUAACUACUCUUAUGCGCCCGGAUAUGGAUAUCAGCCCCCUUACGGAUACCAGCCUGGGUAUACCUAUCAGCCGACAUAUUCUCCAGUCCCGCCAACAGUCUACAGCCAGCCGAGAUACUGAGAGACUAAAUAAAUGAUCUUCUGAUACUAAAAGAACUUGGAGAAUCUGGGUUGAAGAAAGCAAGACUGUUGAUGAAGAAUCAUUGUUGAUUAUGUGUGACUGUAUAUUUGAAUUAUAUGAUUGAUUUAAAUGCAUUUCUUUAUUAAAGACUGUUCGUUAUUUACAUUUAAACAAAAGAUGGAGUAUCUGCUAGAAUUAAAACAACCAGCAACAUGUGGGAUAUUUCCACACAGCAUUUAAUGUUGAUUCUGUGACAUACUGUAUAGACAACAUUUGAAGUGGUUCAAAACUUAAGACAAGAAAUGGAUGUUGUUGUUCAAUAGUUUUUGAUGAACUGUUUUGAUCCACUUCGAAUGUUGCUCGUUCAUGUUUUUGUAUUGACUUUGUAUAUUUUAAAGCACUGGUUUGACUUUAAAUGUAUUAAAAAGAAGUGUCAAACGAA